AUGCUUUCACGUUCAUUAAGAAUUGCUAGUCAAAGAAGAUUCUUAUCUUCGACUAGAAUUUUAGCCAACAAGGCUCCUCAAACCACUGAAGUUAAAACUGCUCAAGAUUUGGCUGAAGUCACCGGCCCUUCCUCCUUGAUCGGUCCUGGUGCCAAGCCAGGUACUAUUCCAACAGAUUGGGACCAAUCUACUGGUUUACAGAGAUUGGAACUUUUAGGUAAGAGAGAAGGUGUCGAUGUGUUUGACAUGGAAAUGCCAAUCACUGAAGGUAAAGGUACCAUGGCAGACCCAUUCUUGGUACCAACUUAUAUUGGAUACAGAUACGUUGGAUGUAAAGGUACUGCAGAAGAAGCCCACAAACCAUACUGGAUGAAGGUCGAAGAAGGUAAACCAUCGAGAUGUUGGCACUGUGGAACUGUUUUAAAGACCAAAUACUUGGGUGAACCAGGUAUGGCUCAUUAA